UCCUAUCUGUAUAGUUGUUUGAGAGAAAAAGAUGGAAGUGCUUGAAUAUUUGUUCUUUCCAUUGCUUACAACAAACAACAUAAAAAGGCUAAAAUGGUGGGGAGAGUGAAAAAGUCGUCAGAGCUCACAGCAACAGUAUCAAGGAAGUGGUGAGGUUUUACAGUCUCUGUCCCUCUCUUUAACACACACACAAAGACAAACAUUAUCGUUUGCACACACCCAGUUGAACAGGUAAGGUAGGGUUACCUGUGGUUGGUUUAAAGUGAAAAGCCUCUGAGGUGAACAUGACGGAGUAGAGCCAGUCUCAACCACCUGCGUACUGCCAUGAGAACUGACUGACAGUUUCAGCAGAGAGAGAGAGAACUACAGCAAACUCAGCUUCCCCAGAGGAAAUCUUUUGGUCUACUCUCCCUCUCUCCUUCCUCCUUUCUCCUUUAUUCCCUCAGGAUGAGAGCCAUGUCAGCAAUUAUUUUCAUGGCCAUAUGUGCGCUGCUGGUUGUAAUCUACCAGGCCGUACAACAGGAACUCAACAUCCGUAACCUGAAGAAGCGCAUCGCUGUUACCACAGAACAGGUGAAGAUCAAGGAGGAUGGCAUUGUGGCAGCCAAAAUGAAAGUGGACGAGCUGAGCAAAACGAUUUCCCCAGUGAGCACACAGAGGGAUCAGCUAAAAAGACAGAAGGAAGACCAUAAGAAACAAACUGCUGACUCAGAAAAGGAACUAGCCGCCUGCCAGGCUGAGAAGAGUAAACUGGACAAGCAGAAUGAAGAAGCAAAAGAGGCACUUGUUAAAAUAAAAGAGGGCCAAGAAGAGGAGAGGAGGAAAGCAGAGGAAGAGAUUGAGGGUUUAAAAAAGCAGAUUCUAGGCAGAGACUUAAAGAUUUGCCAAUUUGUGGAUAUGACUAUUGAGACUGCAAGGAAGUUAUGUGCUGGUUCGUAACUGUGAAGGAGCUUUUUGAAGAAGAGGUCCAAUGGAGCACUCUGCAAAAAUUAUCUAAAUAUACUUAUAUAUAGUUUUUUUUCUUCACAACCAUUUUUUGGACUCUUUCAUAUAAUGUGUUGUGGAUGUGCUUUCUUUCAGUGAACAAAUAAAUGUGGAUUGAAGACCAAACUGACAAAAGGGUCUAAUGUUUUUGCAAAUAGUGUAAAAUGGCAAGUUUUACAUGGAGGAGUCAGGAAGCGCAUCACUGUUUACAAGAGAAACUUGUGCCGUUCACAAACCAAAACAGUCCAAAACUAUUUCAAAACAAUAUCAAAUAAAAUAAAAAAUAAUUUCCGAAUAAUAAUAAUAAAUAAUAAAAAAAAACAAUGUAAACAAUGAUGCGCUUCCUGACUCCUCCUCCACAUGACACGUGACCUUACCAACGAGCUUACUUCAUCCCUCUCAUGAGCGCAUGUCACGGAGAUGUACAGAAGUGAACAUUUGUAGGUAAAAAGUAUAUAAAUAUUGUUUUGUUUCUCAAAAUAAUAAAUCGUUUGCAUUCAGAAGAACUUUA